CAUUUGAACACAGGUUCUCCGGCUGCUCAGAAGUUCCCUCUAGAAUUUUAAAAUGUUGACAAUGUCUUUGAUCUGGGGCAUUGUUGUGGCAAUAUGCUGUUGCUUAUGGCUUAUUAUUGGAAUAAGGAGAAGGCGCAAAGGAGAGCCACCUCUGGAAAAUGGGCUAAUUCCGUAUGUAGGCUGUGCUCUACGGUUUUCGGCCAACCCACUUGAAUUCCUCAGGACAAAUAAAAAGAAAUAUGGUCAUAUUUUUACAUGCAAACUAAUGGGAAAAUAUGUGCAUUUUAUCACCAAUCCUUUUUCAUACAAUGCAGUAAUGCGGCAUGGAAAAUACUUUGACUGGAAAAAAUUUAACUUUGCUACUUCUGCAAAGGCAUUUGGCCACGGAAGCAUUGAUCCCGAUGAUGGAAAUACUACUGAAAAUGUACAUGAGACUUUCAUUAAAACCUUGCAAGGGGAUGCUUUGGAUUCCCUCACUGAAGCCAUGAUGGAAAAUCUCCAGUAUGUCAUGAGGCCACCAGUUCUUUCCAAAACAAAUCCUGACAGCUGGGCGAUAGAGGGCAUGUACUCCUUCUGCUACAGAGUGAUGUUUGAGGCUGGUUUUUUGACUCUCUUUGGCAAAGAUCUUACGCGGCAAGAAGCACAGAGAACAUUCAUCCUAAACAACCUUAAUAACUUCAAGCAGUUUGACAAGAUCUUCCCAGCCUUGGUAGCAGGGCUUCCAAUCCAUGUGUUUAAGAAUGCUCACAAUGCAAGGGAGAAAUUGGCUGAAGCACUUAAGCCUGAAAAUCUACAGAAGAGAGACAAUAUCUCAGAAUUGAUCUCUACCCGCAUGUUCCUGAAUGACACCCUCUCAACCUUUAAUGACAAGGAGAAGGCAAAAACUCACCUGGCUUUGCUUUGGGCAGCUCUAGCUAAUACACUCCCUGCCACUUUCUGGUGCUUAUUUCACACGAUUAGGAAUCCAGAAGCAAUGAAGACAGCUACCGAAGAAGUCAGAAAAACUUUAGAAAAAUCUGACCAAAAAAUUAGCUUUGAAGGCAAACCUAUAAGCCUGAGUCAAAUGCAGCUAACUGAUAUGCCAGUGCUAGAUAGCAUAAUCAAGGAGGCUUUACGACUUUCUAGUGCAUCCUUGAACAUCCGAGCUGCCAAGGAGGAUUUCACUUUGCACUUAGAGGAGGGAUCCUAUAAUAUCCGAAAGGAUGACAUAAUAGCUCUUUAUCCCCAACUGUUGCACUUAGAUCCGGAAAUCUACCCUGAUCCCUUGGUUUUCAAAUAUGACCGUUACCUCGAUGAAAAUGGAAAACCAAAGACCAACUUCUAUUGUAAUGGCAUCAAGUUAAAAUAUUACUAUAUGCCCUUUGGAUCAGGACUGACAUUGUGUCCUGGAAGACUUUUUGCUGUCCAUGAAAUCAAGCAAUUUUUGAUUCUGAUGCUUUCCUACUUUGAAAUGCAGCUUGUUGAUAGUCAAGUUAAAUGCCCUCCUUUAGACCAGUCUCGUGUAGGUUUGGGCAUUUUACCACCAACAAUUGAUAUUGAUUUCAAAUACAAACUAAAACACCUGUGAAUGUUUUACUGAUAGAACAAGGGAACACUAGGUACUGUUAUCUAUCCAAAGAAAGCCAUUGCUUCCAGCAAGCCUAAUGGCAGUCAGAAUGAACCAUGUUAGGCUACAGUAUGGGAGGAGGAGCACAGGGUUUGGAGCUGGAUCUGUAUUUGAGCCUCACUUCUGUUACUCACUACUGGUUUGACCAUCAGCAAGUUAAUUAAUCACUCUGGGACUCAAUUUCCUCAUUUGCAAAAUGGGGAAGGGUUAUUGCACUAAAUGACUUAAAAGUUCCCUUCUUGCUUUAAAUUAGUGCUACAUGUUGGGCUCAUUUUAGGAAUAAUUUUAGAUACCAUAUGGAAUUGUGCUUCUACAAAGAAUAGUUUUAAAUUAUUCUUUGUUUAAAUUAAUGGAUGAACUUUCUUUCAACCAAAGCCUACAUUUUAUUAUAGGGGAAAAGGAGCAGGGAACUGGUACUUUUUCUGUAGGGAGGGGUUGCAGUUGGUUGGGGAUAUUUUUUCCUAAGGAAACUCCUUUUUAUUUUUACAAAAAUCAGCCAGCCAUUGUUUAGAAAAAUAAACAACAAACAUAAAAAGCAAUUCACGUUUUAGUGAAACUGCCAAUCUGGCACACUGGUGGCUUCUUCAUCUGUGAGAAUGUUUUUACAAAGACUUAACAACUUAGAUAGUAAAGCUAAGUAAGGUAAUGUCUUUCAACUGUUUUUGAAUCAGAAAAUUAAGGCAACCUAAUUUUCCAAUUUUAAAAAGAUUAUUUCAAUGUACCAAUUACAUUGAAUUUUGUUGUAAUAUAUUUUCUUUUAUUAUGUAUUAAGUUAUUGUGUCAGGAAUAUCUAGCAGUCUAACUAUGGGCAUAAGUGAUAAAAUUUCACUUUUUCUUAUAAUUGAACACACCUUAGCAAGGAGAGCUUUUUAGAAAACAAAAGAUCAUUUCAUUUUUCUCUUCAAGGAAAAGCAUGUGGCUUUUAAAUAGUGGUUUUUGACAGUGCAUUAACCAGUCAAAACCUGCCAUUUUAAAUCUAUAGUUAUAACAACAUCAUGAAGCUUGGAAUCAUUUGUUUUCAAAAACUUUGCUUUCAGAUUUCAUUUUAUUAUUUUCUACUGCUAAAUGAAAUAUAGUAUUCAUAAAAGACAAUAAUUUAUGACUGUAUAAUAGUUUUUAAGCUAUUUUGUAUAACCUAGAUUUGAUUUCAUAUUUUCAGUAUAAGCUAUUGUCUAUGAUUGUAUUAUUCAUAUAUGUGUGUAUAUCUGUGUAUAAUUUAUAUUUAGUUUAUUUCUUGUAUAUUGUACAGAAAAUAUUAAGAAAAUUACAAGGGUGUAACUAUUUUUCUGAAAUGAUUUAUUCAUUGGAGUGUGCAUUGUUUCAUUAAA